GCAGAUUUGGCGCUCGAGCAAAGUUUCGAGCGUGAGACAAAAGCCCGAAAACCCAAAACCCUGUGCCUUAUCUUCUCUACUCCCACUCUUUCUUCUUCAUCUUCCCUCUCGAAUUCCUUCCAAUUUUUCAGACGUGAGCAAUGGCUGUUGAAGACUCAACCGAGCCCACUAAGCAACAAGAAAAUGAAAGUGAAAGUGAAGAAGAAGAAGAGGAGGGGGAGGAAGAAGAACCAGUUGAAUCAUCAUCGUCAUCUUCCUCGGAGGAGUCUGAUUCGGACUCCGAUGAGUCCUCUGCCUCGGACGAGCUCAUCUAUGUCCGACCUGGACAAGCGGCCGAGUCGGCGGACGACGACAACUCGGCCGAGGCCAACAUCAGACGGUUCUCGAAGGUCCUCGACAGCAAGAGACUAAAGAAGACAGAGGAUGAAGAAGACAGGAAGUACGUGUACUACGAAGACCUCUUCGAUUUCCCCAAAGACCCGGAGAACUGGAGAGAGGAGGAUCUGAAGGAGCUGUGGGCGGAUGCUCCGCUUGAGAUGACCAAACCCGGGUGGGACCCGGUUUGGGCAGAUGAGGAUGACUGGGAUGUGGUGAGGGAGGAGAUUAGGGCUGGCAGAGACCCGCCCAUUGCGCCCUUCUACUUGCCGUACAGGAAAUCGUACCCGGUAAUACCCGAUAACCACUACGACAUAUCGAAUCCGAAGGCCGUCAUUGAAGAGCUCGACAGGAUUGAGGAGUUUCUGAAAUGGGUCAGCUACAUUUUCCUUGAUGGGAGCUCGUAUGAGGGUACUGUAUGGGAUGAUUUGGCACAUGGGAAAGGUGUUUAUGUUGCUGAACAUGGGCUGGUCAGGUAUGAAGGUGAAUGGCUUCAAAACAACAUGGAGGGUCAUGGGGUUGUUGAAGUUGAAAUACCCGACAUUGAACCUGUGCCAGGUUCCAAGCUUGAAGCGAAGAUGCGUGCUGAGGGUAAAAUAAUAUCAAGAGAUUUCAUGCCCCCAAAAGACAAAGAAUGGUUGGAGAUGGAUAUUGAAGAUAGCAUCCGUUUAGUUGGGGGGGAGUAUAUUACCCCAUUUUACGAGAACGAUGAGUGGGUCAGACAGUUUGGCAGCAAACCGGAAAAAGGUCGGUACCGGUAUGCUGGUCAAUGGAAGCAUAGCAGAAUGCAUGGUUGUGGUGUGUAUCAAGUCAAUGAACGCAUCAUAUAUGGUAGGUUCUAUUUCGGAGAGCUACUGGAGGAGGAUACUUAUGGCUGUGAUGAAGAUACUUCAGCACUGCAUGCAGGUAUAGCAGAUGUAGCUGCUGCUAAAGCUCGAAUGUUUGUUAACAAGCCUGAUGGAAUGGUUAGAGAAGAAAAGGGUCUAUAUAGUGAUCCUCAACAUCCCUAUUUAUACGAGGAGGAUGAUGUGUGGAUGGCACCAGGCUUUAUAAACCAGUUUUACGAAGUCCCUGAUUAUUGGAAAACAUAUGUGCAUGAGGUGGAUCAGGAAAGGGAAAUGUGGUUGAACUCCUUCUAUAGAGCUCCUCUAAGACUACCCAUGCCUGCAGAACUUGAACAUUGGUGGUCAAAAGAUGAGACCCCAGAAUUUAUUCUCAUUAACAAGGAACCAGAGCCUGAUCCUGAAGAUCCAUCAAAGCUCAUAUAUACUGAAGAUCCCCUCAUUCUACACACACCAACUGGACGGAUAAUUAAUUAUAUUGAGGAUGAGAAGCAUGGGGUUCGGUUAUUUUGGCAGCCACAUCUGAAAGAUGGUGAAGAUGUGGACCCAGAGAAGGUUCAGUUCCUCCCCCUUGGGUUUGAUGAAUUCUAUGGACGAGGUGGAAUUGUGGAGAAGGAGACCAUAUGGAAGCGUUUGAUAAAAGCUGUGGAGAAUGCAUCCAAACCAAUGUGUGAAAAAAUACAGAAAUGGGUUGAGGAGAAGAAGAAAGCUAGUGAGAUGAAGAUAAGGGUGAUAGAAAAAGAGCUUGAAUUAGUGGAGGCAGAACUGUGCCUGGAGGAGGCCAUGCAAGACUUGGAAGAGGAAUUGAAAAUGAAACAGAAAGAGGAAGAGAAGAAAAUGGAAAUGGGUUUGGUGGAUGAUGAAAGUACUUCUACUUCUGAACUGGCCAAGAUAGAUGAAAAAACUUCAUUUCAAGAGGAAGAAGAAGAAAAGGGGGAAGAGGAAGAUGAAGAUGAAGAUGACGAUAUCGCACCAUCGAGCUUUGGGUCUGUUGGCCGAGACACGGACCAAAAAAAGGAUCAGAAUGGGAAAAAGCCUGGGAAUUUUCCUUUUGCCACAUCUUCAUUGUCAUUCGCUCCUAGCUUUGUUUUGACGGUUCCAUCAAGGUUACAACAAUCAUUUAUGUCGUGGAGAGGGGGAAAACCACUACCUAAGGCUCCUAGUUUGUGUACUCAAAAUCCCGUUCGCUGCUCGGAAGCAUUUGACUCUGUGAAUUUCCCUCUUGCACAGGGCCGCUGUGGAAUCUUGAGAGCUGCAAAGCAACCCCGUCAUAAAUUUAGGACAAGAAAUGAGAGGAUGACUCAGUUGCAUGCAUUGUCCCGGCAAUUAAUGGGUUUUUCAUUUCCUGUAGAGCCCAAAAGAAGCCUAGAAAGGUAUAAAUCACUCAGCCAUAGCCAGCAGCAUGCAGUGCCAAUAAUAGAUUCAUACAAUAUACUGUCCUUGCAUACCCCUACAUAUAAUCUGGAAUCAUAUACAAAAACUACUAUAUAUUGAUCUCUGUUGCCUCUCAAGACGUGUAUCAAGAGUUAAUGGCUUGUCAUACUAUUCUGUUGGCCAAUUUUGUUGCAUGUAUUUUGUCCUGCCUGUCUAAACUGAGCAAUGACACUGAAAAUUUUUAAAAAUAAAAAUAAAAUGUUAAGUUUUCUGGUUCCAUUUAAAAA